GAGGAGCGCAGCGCUGCACGGGAGUGAUGGAGGAGGAGAGCCUAUCUCCAGAGCUGCCGAGGCUCAGGAUUAAUAAGCAUAUCCAGGUUGCCAAGGAGACGGAGUUUGCAGUAUCUCCAUCCACUCCACUCCUAUCAACUGCUAUCGACGAAAAUGGCUGGGUUUGUGGCCGCAACCACAAUGGGCAGCUGGGCGUCGGCGGCACUGCAGACGUCCAGGAGCCCCAAGUCAUGCAGGUGGUGCGGCGGUGGGCAGCGCUGAGCAUCGGGGAGACGCAUGCAGCAGGGGUGAGCGGGGACAACCAGACCUACACCUGGGGCUGCAAUGAGCACGGCCAGCUGGGCGUGGCAGCAGGGGAGCCCAGCGAUGUGCCCCGGAAAAUGAACAUUCUGCGCGGCUGGGACGUGCGCGCCAUUGCAUGCGGGGCGGAGCACACGGUGGCGAUAACGCCGGACGAUGUGAUAACGUGGGGCAGCAACAGCAUGGGGCAGUGCGGCCAGGGGGACCGCGCAGAGACGGACUGGGUCAAGCCGCGCUCCAUCAAGCCGCUGCAGUCCAUGUUUGUCUGCCAGAUCGUGU